GACGCGUGUUUGCAGACUGUUGUGCCUCCCUCUCUGUCCGCGCUGAGCAGUGAGAAAACCCGCAUUUACCUGUCAGCAGACGGACGAACGCGUGCCGCGUCGGAAAUGUUUCUAGUUUCGACCAAACUGCCAAAGAUUAAUCUGACGUGCCAGCCAUGGGUGCGUACGGGACGCCUCGGAGGGGAGAGGGGGAUUUACAUUUUUCUUUCGUCCCAACAACCCUCUUAAUGAUUUGAACUCCGCGGUGGGAGCAGAGGCGAGUUUUGUUCCGCUGAACUAAAAAAAAAGUUGUCGUUCAUCGAUUACUGGACAACAGCAUAUUUCUACCCGAGUUGGCGCUUUUCUUUUGUUGUUUUUCGUAUUUACGGGACCAGCGAGCGGCGGCUCACCGAGGCGGGGGCUCACCGAGGCGGGGGCUCACCGAGGCGGGGGCUCGGCCGCUGGGAUCGAUCCUGAAAAUGGAGGCCGUUAUGGAGAAGGAGUGCAGCGCGCUGGGGGGACUCUUCCAAACCGUCAUCGGAGACAUGAAGAGCAGCUACCCUAUUUGGGAGGACUUUAUCACCAAGGCCGGCAAACUGCAGUCCCAGCUCCGGGCGACGGUGGUUGCCGUGGCGGCGUUCCUGGAUGCCUUUCAGAAAGUAGCCGACCUGGCCACCAGCUCACGAGGCGGGACCAAAGACAUUGGAUCCGCAUUGACCAGGAUGUGUAUGAGGCAUCGCAGUAUAGAGGCCAAACUCAAACACUUCUCCAUGGCCUUCCUGGAGGGUCUGAUCAACCCUCUCCAGGACCAGGUGGAGGAUUGGAAAAGAGGAGUCAACACUUUGGACAAGGACCAUGCUAAAGAGUACAAAAGAGCCCGGCAGGAAAUAAAGAAGAAGGCCUCGGACACACUGAAACUUCAGAAGAAAGCCAAGAAAGCUGAUCAUCUGGGUCGUGGAGACAUCCAGCCCCAGUUGGACAGCGCCAUGCAGGAUGUCAGUGAUAAAUACAUCCUGCUGGAGGAGACGGAGAAACAGGCCCUGAGGAAGGCUCUCCUAGAGGACAGACAGAGGUUCUGCUGUUUCGUAGCCAUGCUGCGGCCUGUGGUGGACGAGGAGAUUUCUAUGUUGGGAGAGGUCAUCCAUCUCCAGGCCAUCUCUGAUGACCUCAAAUCCCUAACUUCUGACCCACACACGCUUCCCGCAGCGAGUGAACAGGUGAUCUUGGACCUUAAAGGCUCAGACUAUGGUUGGUCAUAUCAAACACCACCCUCAUCCCCCAGCACCACCAUCUCCCGGAAGUCGAGCAUGUGCAGUAGUCUGAACAGCGUUAACAGUAGUGACUCCAGGGGAUCCAGUGGCUCUCACUCUCAUUCUCCUUCCUCCUCUUCUUCCUCCUCUUCCUCACACCACCUCUUCCACCACCAUCACCCCCGCCCACGGUACCGUAGCUCCACGCUACCGCAGCAGGCCCCGGCUCGGCUCUCCAGCAUCUCCUCCCACGACUCUGGCUUCAUUUCUUCAUCACACGACCAAUUCACGUCGUCCAAGUCCUCCUCGCCCAUGGCAGCGGAAACAAAGCCUCGGCCUUGUUCCAGUUCCUCUGUGGUGUCAGAGACUGGGCAGCUGCACAGUGACUGCAGCGCCCCCUCUCCUCUGGCUGCUGCUAGUGCACCCCGGCCCGCUCCUGACCAGUUGUCCAAUGGCUACACUGACCACUACAAUCCGGCCAGUUCCCCUUACAUGCAUACCAACGGAGGGAGUUUGGGGUCAGGGUCAGGCACUGCCUUCCCCUUCUUCCCUCCUUCCUCGCCAUCCUACAACACCACCUCCUCGUCCGCCUCCUCCUCAUGCCCCACUCGCUCAUGGUCACGUCCCGCCUCAGCCUUGGUGCCGGACCAACCUCACAGCUGCACGCUGGGCUCCCCCAUGGUGCCUUCAUCACAGGUCCCCAGCUGGAAGGACUGGGCCAAGCCAGGCCCGUAUGACCAGCCCAUGGUCAACACAUUGAGGAGGAAGAAAGGCAAAGAGAGCCCAGCAGUGGUGGACAUCAAUGGUAAUGCGAGCCAUGACAGCAUCCGUUUCUCCGGGCCGGGCUCAACCCCCCCCCCGGCGCCGGCUCUGGCUGCGCUCCAAACAUCUGCAUCAGUGGAGGAGAACACAUCUGUGGCUGCACCUCUCAAGGCUGGUGAACUUGAGGCCCACGAGGAAUUGGCUCUGGCUUUAUCCAGAGGUCUGGAGCUCGACACCCAAAGGUCCAGCAGGGACUCAAUGCAGUGUUCCAGUGGCUACAGCACGCAGACCAACACGCCGUGCUGCUCUGAAGACACAAUCCCAUCACAAGUGUCGGACUAUGACUAUUUCUCAAUGGCCGGGGAUCAAGAGCCUGAGGAGCAUUCUGACUUCGACAAGUCUUCCACCAUCCCCAGAAACAGUGACAUCAGUCAGUCGUACAGACUUCUGUUCCAGAGCAAACGGCCGGCCUCCACCGCCGGCCUCCCCAGCACGCACACGCCUUCCCACGGGCAGGGGGCCUACUGCCAGGCGCCCUAUGCCCCCACGCCCGGCCACACUGGGGCUUAUCCUUCAACCCCUACAGGAACAUGUUCAGGCCAAGGAUAUUUCUCUGGAUCCGGCUCCUAUAACGCCUCUGGCUCCUACUCCACAGCCCACGGUCCUGUUGUUGUCACGCCUGGUGUGGCCACAAUCCGACGCACCCCCUCUUCAAAACCCUGCGCCCGCCGCUCAGGCUCAGUCGGGGGCACUGGCCCCAUCCCUAUUCGUACGCCUGUCGUCCCAGUGAAAACCCCCACGGUGCCAAAUACGCCUGGAGCAGUAAAUGGGAGCAGGGGUGUAGAGGAGGUGGGAGGAGGAGGAGGAGGAGGAAGCCCAGAUUCUCCAACAUUGGUGGGGCGUGAUGAUAGCGGCACGCUGCCUGUGAUGUCCUGGAGCGGUCAGGCUACAACCAAUCCUCCAACUGUACCCCUGUCCUACCAGCGGAAGCUCCACAGUGAGAUAAGGCAGGAGGGAGGAGGGGAGGAGGCAGGAGAGGAGUUAGGGGGCAACAUGCUGGUGGCCAUCCGCAAGGGGGUCAAGCUCAAGAGAACCCUCACCAACGACCGCUCUGCCCCACGCAUCCCAUGACGCCAUGACGCCAAAAACGUGUGAGCACAGGUAAACGAGGUCGGAGGCUUAAAAAGAAAUCAAAAAGGCUUCUUUUGGUAGUUGGAGGAACUGAUUACACCAGUUCAACGUUUAGCGUUUGCUCAUUCUGUAAAUGUUCACCUUGCUGCAGAAGACGUCUAUGAUUUGAUAUGAAACCACGCACUCAUUCAGCUUCUGAAUGUCCCCACGAUGCCUCGGAAAUAAUGGAAAGUUUUUCUUUUUUUUUAAUUUUGGUUUUGACCUAAAGGUGGAACACAGGUCUACUGAGUCCUUGUAAACUUACGAAAGAAAGACCUACGAAUUUAAGUCCUUGAAUAAAGGUUUAAGGUACUAAAGAUCUUUUGCCAAUCCGAGCCUGACGACGACGUCUUCUAGUGAAUAAAUAACAAGAGAAGCACAGAGUAGCACCACAGUAUGUUCAUUUGUUUAAGAAGACGGCAAAGACAUAUUUUACACCCGCUGCUAGUUGCUGAGUCAGAGGGUUGGACCCUCUCCUCAGUGUAAAAGACACAGAGUCAGAGGGUUGGACCCUCUCCUCAGUGUAAAAGACACUGAGUCAGAGGGUUGGACCCUCUCCUCAGUGAAAAAGACACAGAGUCAGAGGGUUGGACCCUCUCCUCAGUGUAAAAGACACUGAGUCAGAGGGUUGGACCCUCUGACUCAGUGUAAAAGACACAGAGUCAGAGGGUUGGACCCUCUCCUCAGUGUAAAAGACACUGAGUCAGAGGGUUGGACCCUCUCCUCAGUGAAAAAGACACAGAGUCAGAGGGUUGGACCCUCUCCUCAGUGAAAAAGACACAGAGUCAGAGGGUUGGACCCUCUCCUCAGUGUAAAAGACACUGAGUCAGAGGGUUGGACCCUCUCCUCAGUGAAAAAGACACAGAGUCAGAGGGUUGGACCCUCUCCUCAGUGUAAAAGACACUGAGUCAGAGGGUUGGACCCUCUCCUCAGUGUAAAAGACACUGCGUGUCAUCUGGUUGCAUUUUAGCAUCGUGGGAGUCAACACAUUGACUGAUUCCUCUGUUCAGAUGCUUCACACUCUGGAAAUCCACAGAGCAAACACGCAGCAACACGAGAGCUCCUGGAGAAGAAACAUGAACUUCAGAGUUCCAGGAGACGGGGGUGUGACUACGGUGUCACAUGGUUGAUGCCGUGACAUCAUCAGCCAGCACAAUUAGCGUCUGUUUUAGUUGUUUUACAUGAUCUGUAAAUAAUUUAGCAUGUGUCUGUUUCUAAGGAGUGUGUUGGUGCUUCAUGCUGUUUAUUUUCUUCAGCUCCUUCACAAUCAUUCAUUUGACAACUGUAAACACUUAUUGAUUUAAUCUAAUGAUCAUCAAAGGAAUUUAUUUUGUUGCCAAUACUUUUUUUCCAGAAUGAAUCUCAUUUAAUCUACAAUAUCUACAUGCUGAUGUUUGUAGAAGUCCUCAGUAGUUUGUGUUUAUAUAUUAGUCCUUUAUAUAUUACUACCACUGCGCAUUGACAGCUCAUGAAAUGACUAAUGAAUGUCACAGUACAGAUGUGCCAUGUGGAAACUCUACAUUAAAUCAAAAUUACAUACACGAUUAAACAUUUUAUCAGACAUUUCUUUCAGGACAAUUAUUGAAUGACUUUUCAAAGCAAACGGCUGUGAUUGUCAUGCAAACAGCUUCUUAUUGCUGUCACAUCAAAGUCUCACUUCCUUUUGACUUAUUCUAUUCCACUUUGCAGCAGUCAACUCCACUUCUAGUUAUUACCAGUUUUGCAAGUAGCAUCAAUCUCUUGGUAUGUAUUUUAUCACACUAAGAAUGAAGCUCUCACAUCAAUAUGCAUUGUGGAAUUUAAGAAGUCCAUCACCAUAGGUACAAUGUGGUGUUUAGGAGGCCUUUCCACACACUGCAGACGACCGGAUGGAACCAGUUUGGAUCCCUGAGUCACCGCCUGUGCGUGAGACCACGUUAACACGAUGAAAGACACUCAAUGCUCAGCUCCACAGGGGUCUCUUUAACCUUAUUUUCUUCUGCUCAGUCUUAUUUUUAUAAGUAUAUGUAAAAUAUCUGAGUAAUACAUGUAUGUAUCCGACGACGUGUUAAUGACCAUCUUGCCACGAUUCAUUGAAGUCCCAUAUUUCACACAUACACGUCAUUGCAUUUUGAUAAUCACAUAAAUGCUGGCGUGUUUUAAGAAAUGAACCAUAAUCUCACAAUAUACAUGAUUUUAGUUUUGAGUUUAACAUGUUAAAGCCUGCAUCAAUGUUAUGGGUUCACAUUUUUGGGACAAAUGGUGUUUGCUGAAUGGAGAACUGAUUCCAGACCAGUUACCGUUCAGUCAGGACACGGCAAAUCUCCAGAAUCCUCAUUUGAUCAUUUGUAGAGAUGAAUAUGUUUCUGUUUAACACCUACUUUGAGAAUGACGAAGCUGAGAGGAAACUGGUAACAGCCCUGAAAUGAAAGUUGCCAGAACAGAUGGUGCCAUGCAAAUGUUUUACUGUUACUUAAAAUGAUUCAUUUUACCCCAGUUAACCUCAGUUCAGAAAUGUUGAAGUGAUUAUCUGCUUUGCAUUAAAUCUUGUUAUGUUUUUAAAAAAGGAAUUCAUGCCGCCCACAAUGUCUGACCAAAUCAGACCUGAGGUUUCCAAAGAAAAGCAUUGUUCUAGAUUUUAAACAAAGGUUUCCUUUGUAGUUAAUGUAACGGGAGAAAUAGCAGCAAAAUAUGUGAUAAUAUGAAUUAUAAAGAAAUGAUCUCUGCCUGUAUUCAAAGGCUCUUUUGAACAGGGAGACGCUCCACGAAUCGCUUACAUUGAAAAAAUAGAGCAAAGAUGAUAUUACUUCAGAGAUGUUUCAGGAAACCCGGCUAUUAGUUCUGGAGAUUGUUGUAGUUCAUGUUUUUUUUUGUUUUAUUUGGUCGUCAAACCUGUCUAAAACGUAUAUUAUCAACUUGUAAUUUCCAUAUUUAAAUUGCUAGCACAAAUAUAUAUUAUAUCAGAGUUACCAAAAGCCAGUAUAUCCUAUGAUUAAGACGUUUAUAGUUUGUGAGAUUUGGAAAGUAAAAUAACUUCUUCUAAGUUCUAGUUUAGUUUUUAGCUUAUUAUCCCCCAGUGGAGAGUUGACCUCUCUUUUGGACUCUGUACAGUUCAACAGGCGACAAUGCAGUUUGUUUCAGGAAGUUAAAGGUUGUUGUUUUUUGUGUAAUGACAGCUUUAGCAAUAUAAUAAAAAUAUAAAUUUUG